CGAACUAGCUUGCUGUGACAACCACCACAGUGACACCGGUCGUGGUGAUCCACCUCCAGCUGCUAAACGCCCCUCCGGUGGUCUAAGUGAUAGAGAGACACUCUAAAACUAACCACCCACAGAGGAGACCUGUCUGUCGGCUUGAAGCGCCCUCACAGCCCCCCAGAGUGUCCGCGGCUCUCGUCCUUUAAUCGGCCAGGUACUGUCCAGCCUCAUCCAGCCCCACUGUGGAUCUUUAGCCCCUCCGGCAGGACAGUGGCAGAGGCAGAGCCAGAGGCAUCGGGGACCAGAUCAGCAGGCAGCAGGGCUCCAUGAGCGUGACGGGGCAGCAGCAGCAAGGGGGGGGCCUGCGUUCUCGCCGAGGCCUUGGCCGGGACAAGGACCCUGGGCAGGGCAUGGGCAUGGAGGCGGCCUGCUGGCUGGCCCCCGGAGUGCUGCGCAGGUUGAUCGAGCUGCCCUCGCCCCCCCUGUCCCGGCACCAGCUCAAGAGACUGGAGGAGCACAGGUACAGCAGUGCGGGACGCUCCCUGCUGGAGCCUCUCAUGCAGCGUUACUGGGAAUGGCUGGUGGGACGAGUUCCUGCCUGGAUUGCCCCCAACCUUAUCACCAUCAUCGGCCUGGCCACCAACGUCUUCACCACCCUUGUGCUCAUCUACUAUUGUCCAACUGCCACUGAGCAGGCUCCUCUCUGGGCGUACCUGCUGUGUGCUGUGGGUCUGUUUGUCUACCAGUCAUUGGAUGCCAUCGACGGGAAGCAGGCCAGACGCACCAAUAGCAGUUCUCCGCUGGGCGAGCUGUUUGACCACGGCUGUGACUCCCUCUCCACUGUGUUUGUGGUGUUGGGAACCAGUAUAGCAGUGCAGAUGGGCACCAACCCGGACUGGAUGUUCUUCUGCUGCUUCGCUGGGAUGUUUAUGUUCUACUGCGCCCACUGGCAAACAUACGUGUCAGGAACGCUGCGCUUCGGCAUAUUUGAUGUAACAGAGGCGCAGCUCUGUCUAGCAGGAUUACAGCUGCUCACAGCCGCUGUGGGUCCCAGUCUGUGGAACAUGAUGAUUCCGAUCCUAAAUAUCCAGAUGAAAAUGGUUCCGGCCAUCUGCACUUUUUUAGGAGCCAUCUUCUCCUGCACCAACUACUUCAGAGUUAUUUUUACAGGAGGCGUGGGCAAAAACGGAUCCACAAUAGCAGGAACCAGCGUCCUCUCUCCAGUCUUACAUAUUGGUUCAGUUAUAAUUUUGGCGAUGAUGAUAUACAAGAAGUCUGCUGUCCAGCUCUUCGAGAAACAUCCGUGUCUUUAUAUCCUGGCAUUUGGCUUCGUCUCGGCCAAAAUCACCAAUAAAUUAGUUGUAGCACAUAUGACAAAAAGUGAGAUGCAUCUCCACGAUUUAGCCUUCCUGGGACCAGGACUACUGUUCCUGGAUCAGUAUUUCAAUAGUUUUAUUGAUGAGUACCUGGUGCUGUGGAUUGCAUUGAUCAUUUCCUUCUUUGACUUGGUGCGUUACUGUGUCAGUGUUUGCAACCAGAUUGCCUGCCAUCUUCACAUUUUUGUUUUCAAAAUCAAGCCUUGUUCAGUGCUCAGUUCAGCUCCUCACUGAGGACACGCCCGCCAUGACUGACUCUGUCCCUUCCUGUUAGUCGCACUCAUCUUUUCUUCCCUCUGUUUUCCACGUAGAGAUGCAGGGGAUGACGUGGUGUAAAAGUAUGUGCUUCUGCCAACUGAAUGUGAGGACAAAUAAUAUAUAUUAAGAUACUGGAGUAUUACUGUCAUUGUUUCUUUUUCACCAGUGCAGAAUUUGUACCAGUUUCAUCUUCUGCCCCAGUAAUAAAAAAAAAUCUCCUUCUGACAAACUCAUGAGCAAAUAUUUCAGGAGAGUAUAGGUGCUACUCGGUAUGUUCAAGGAGAGAAACUUCAGUGUGUUUUAACUGUUCAUUUGCAAAGAAAAAUGUAUAGGACAUGAAUCAAAUAAUUCUUUGCUUUUCAUGAUUAUAAUUUUUGUAAUAUUUGCAUAACUUUACCUUUUUGCUAUUGUAAAUACCAAAUAGUGUCUGUGCUUUUCUUUUAAGUUAAAAAAUCCUGCUUUGGCACAUUUAUAAACCUUCAUGUAUAUGAUUUUUAAACAACAUUAUCUCCUGCACAUCACACACAAACUGUGCAUCUGAUCAGCAGAAAUGUGGUUUUGGAGGAAACGUAAUGCCGACAUCAGAAUGUUGUUACUGAACAAAGCUGCAGAAAAUUCACUGCCAAUGUUUUUCGUUUAGUUUGUCAACUGAAAUCACGUUGUUUAACCACGCUGGGAUUUUUUGGGGCGAUAUUCAAGUUGUGGUGGGAAUGUUGUGUGUAUUUAUUGUCAUAUAUAACGUUGUUUUCUAAUAUAGUCAUCAUAAAGUUGAUAGUUUGGUUAAUGUGUCACAGGGUUAGGCUUCCUCUACACUUUAUACUCUAUUGUAAAUAUAUAAGGACACGCCAUGCACAUGAGGGAAAGUCACGACAGCCACGGGCAGAUUCUUUUUUAGACAUACAAUAAAAUAUCUAAACUCAAAUGUCUUCUUACGAGCAGUCAGAGAUAUGUAGAUGUGGAUGAAAGGUCAAAAAGCUCUUAAGAAGGCCUUUGAGUUCAAGAAUGAAAUGUGCGUUUUGCAGUUGAUACGAACAAAGUUCAAGAUGUUACACUUUUGUUUUCACUCCACCAGCCGUCACUCUGCUUUCUGUCCCUACUCGUCCUGUUAGUCUACAUUUUUCUUACAGUCCACAAAUCACAUGAAAAGACCAAAAUCAGCAACGUGUCUGUCUCUUAAUACUUUCUGACUUCCUGUCUGUGGCACUCAGCUCCAAAUCCAUCACUUACUGCUGUAGAUGUCAGAAAAUAAAUAGUUUCAUGUUUAAGAAAAAAGGCUCAGUAGUUUUUAAAACAGCUGGUCACUGUAGUUUUUAUCAAACGUUACUCAAACGGGAGGGAAUAGUGCAUUUGUUGGGGACUAUUUUCAGUGGCGGAUUAAUCCACAUUUAGUGCUCGAAUGAGUAUUUUGGGCUGCAGGAGAGGAAAUGUGGGGCUGAAUCAAAAUGAACUACAGCAUGUGUGUUCAUGGUAGAGCUGCAACUAACUUAUUUUCAAUGUUGAUCAUUUUUUUGAUUAUCUAGUUGUUUGGUCUAUAAAUUGUAAGAAAAUGGUGAAAAAUGUCGAUCUGGUGUUCCCCAAAGCCUCAGAGAACAUCCUCAGGUGUCUUAUUUUGUCCACAACCCAAAUAUAUUCAGUUUACUGUCAUAUAGGCGGAAAGAAACCAGACUAUUUUCACAUUUAAGAAGCUGGAUUUAGAGAAUUUUGAGUCUUGUCAUGAAAAAUCUCUCAAACAAAUUAAUCGAUAAUCAAAAUUAGCUGCCGAUUAAUGUAAUAGUUGCAGAAACGUGUCUCCCAGUGCAACAGUGUGGCUCACUGGUGUGUCUUUAAUAGUUUUUGGACAACAGUAGAGCUUUAUGGCACUGAGGAAUGAGGUAUAUCAGAGUUAAGAUACACAGUUAAAUCGUGUCAGCUGAUAUCGUUGGUUUUGGUCUUUUCAUGUCGUGUUGACAAUAAGACAAAUAUCACCAGACUUAUAAUUUAAAAUGAAGACUAACCACCGCCUUAACGGUUAUUUACAUGAGCGUCACACUCCUUUCUGUGUUGUCAGUGGAUGCAGCUAAACUUGUUCAUUAAUAAUAUAAUCUGACUGACAUUAUGUUUCCCCCUAAACGAUGUACUGUACCUGCUGAUGCAGAACAGGUGGACUCAGUGUGCAGGAGAUGAGGUCACAUGAUGACAUCACAGUUUUUAAGGUGGUGACUGACGAGAUUCAGAUCAAACUUUUGUCGCUGAGAGUUAAUAAAAACCUGUUUUAUUUGAAGUGGCUGCAGCUCACUCCGCCUCCACGUCUACCAACAUCUGAUCAUCUGGUCCUGUUACAGCACCUCACGCUGAGUGGGUGUUCAAUGUUGCUGCUUCUGGAGAGAACCUGUAGUGAUGUAUUAAUGUGGAGAACAUGUUGGUCCUUAACCACCGAGAGCAGUUUGUUGCUUUUACAUUUUGUGCCUGUUUUAUUUUUUUAUUUAUGUUUCAUGGAACAGCUCCGUCUGCAGAUGCUGUACUGAGCCUCUACAGCUUGUCUGAAAUGUUAAAAACUGAUAUAAGAUGCCAAGUGUUGACUGUAGUGAGUCAGUGAUUACAGCAGCUCCAGAACAGUGUUACUGUGUGAACUGGGGGUCAGGUUCAGGGUGGUUCGGUCAGUCAUCUGAACGCUUUUGAGAAAACAAAGCCUUCCAUACAAAAGCAUCAAAGGUUCACUUCACUCAAAUCUCAAAAACAUAUGUUCUUGAAUGCCUUGUGGUGUCUUUAGAUGGAGUUAUUGAGAAAUAUGUGGAAUGUUAUGAGAUUUAUACAAUAAAAAUGUAAUAUUCUGAGAAUUAAAGUUGUAUAUCAUUAAAA